CUAAUGCGCUUGCGCACUAAGGGGACCGGGCCUAGUGCGCUGCGGUGAAAUUUUGCCGGUUCAAAGCCUCCAAAUAUACGGCAAGCAGCGGUCCCUUGGAGGCUAGAAAAUGAGCAGCUCAGAGGAGGUGUCCUGGAUUAGCUGGUUUUGUGGUUUAAGAGGCAAUGAAUUUUUCUGUGAGGUGGAUGAAGACUAUAUCCAGGAUAAGUUUAACUUGACAGGACUCAAUGAGCAGGUCCCUCACUAUAGACAGGCACUGGACAUGAUACUGGACCUUGAACCUGAUGAGGAAUUGGAAGAUAAUCCCAAUCAAAGUGACCUCAUUGAACAAGCCGCAGAGAUGUUAUAUGGACUGAUCCAUGCCCGUUACAUACUGACUAACCGUGGCAUUGCCCAGAUGCUGGAGAAAUAUCAACAGGGCGAUUUUGGCUACUGUCCCAGAGUAUACUGUGAGAACCAGCCCAUGCUACCUAUUGGUCUUUCAGAUAUUCCUGGGGAAGCUAUGGUAAAGCUGUAUUGUCCUAAGUGUAUGGAUGUUUACACACCCAAAUCCUCACGCCAUCAUCACACCGAUGGAGCAUAUUUUGGCACUGGAUUUCCUCACAUGCUCUUUAUGGUUCACCCUGAGUAUAGGCCCAAGAGGCCAGCCAAUCAGUUUGUUCCAAGGUUAUAUGGCUUCAAAAUCCACCCUAUGGCAUACCAGCUUCAGCUACAAGCAGCCAGCAACUUUAAAAGUCCUGUGAAGACUAUGCGUUGAGUAUUGCCCAUUAAAUGGUUUAUACAUGGGGUCUGCACACCCCAUAAACCUCAUUUCCUUCCUUCCAUUGACAAUGAAAAAUGUUUGUUUCGGUGUAUUAUUUGCUCACAAUUUUGAUUUUAGUCCCGUUUAAAGUGUAUUACUGCAAUUUACGGUUGUGGUUAAAUAAAAUUAUAAAGAA